CUGAAAGUACAAUUCCAUUCCUUGAAGUUGAAGUGAUUUUUUGUAGAUGCCGCCGAAGCACAGAGUGUACAGGGUUCAUUGUGGAUUACGCAAGAGGAGCAUGCUUCCGUUUUUCGGAAUCAUCUCAAGAUGCAGAAAAUCUGAUCAUUACUCCUAAUGCAAAUUACUUUAGAAAAGUAUGUUUACAAGUGCCAAAGUACUGCUCAGCGCGAGCGUGGCCGAUCGAGUACAUGGCGGGCGUGGAGAUGGUGGGGAUGCAGUACACUUCGGUGAACAACGUGAUCGACCGGUGGCACUGCGCCCAGCUCUGCCUCUCGGGGAGCAACCAGUACAACGGCUACGACGUAGGGGCCCGGCCCUGCCUCUCGGCCGUCUACAACCCCCAGACCAAGGUCUGCUCCCUCAGCUCCGAGAACCGCCGCACCCGGCCAGAGGCCUUCUCUCCCUCCGCCGUACCCAUCAUCGAGUACAUUGAGAACGAGUGCAUCAAUGUGUCAGAUGAGAGCAAAAGAUCUUGCUGGCACGACCCAAUUCCUGACCAGGCGCUGUUACAAGUAGAUUUACAAGAGGAGGGAAUUGAUUACGAACAG